UAAAAAACGAUAAUGAACGAACUAAGGACUAAAGUAGAAUCCGCUAACCGCACGGCUGAGGACUUUACGCGGCUUUACUACGCAUCUCUGGAUAAUCGCCGUCAUCAAUUGGGUCGUCUAUACAUAGACGACGCUACAUUGAGCUGGCGUGGAAAUGGCGCAAAAGGACGUGUAAAUAUAGAACGAUUCCUUCUUGAGUUGCCGCAAUCGCAGCAUCAGUUGACUACAUUGGAUGCACAGCCUAUUGUAGACAACGCUGUGGGCUCGCAGACAACAUAUCUCAUUAUGACCGGAGGCACUGUGAAAUUCUCUGACCAGCCAGUACGGAGUUUUAACCAAAAUUUCGUUAUUACUGCCGAAAAUGAUAAGUGGAAGAUAGCCUCAGAUUGUUAUCGCCUGCAGGAGCCAGUGUCCAAAUAUGACGAUUAAUUGCAUGACAUGAUAAAUAUUCUGUAAAAAUUUUAAAAAUACCUAUUUAGAGAACUCAAUAUCAGCUAAGCAAAUCAUUGGAAUAGCUAUUCGUUGGAUUCGCAGUU